AUUUUCAGGUGAGAUACUAAUUCAGUGGACUCAACGAACUUCAUAUUGUUUUCAUUGCUUCUUAAUGGCGGAAAACGAGGCUAAAGCCCGGAAGAAGUUGGAGGAUGCAGAGAAAAAAGCAAAGGGUGGAAGUGGAUUUUUUAGUGGCUUAUUUGGUAACGCUAAAGCAGAAGAAGCUGCUGAUCUUUUUGUACAAGCAGGGAAUUUAUUCAAAAUAUCAAAGUUAUGGAGAGAAGCGGGUGAUGCAUUUGUGAGGUCCGCAGAAAUACAUGCAGCAGCAACCGAUCGAAAGCAUGAUGCAGCUUCAAACUAUGCAGAAGCAGCCAAUUGUUAUCGUAAAGUUAAUCCACAGCAAGCAAUUGAUUGCUUGAUGAAGACUGCGGAAACUUAUACGGAUAUGGGUCGUUUCAAUAUGGCUGCUAAAUAUCAUUGCACGAUGGCUGAAAUUUUCGAAAGUGAGGCUCCAGACAUGGCUCAAGCAAUGACUCAUUAUCAGGAGGCAGCUGAUUUUUAUAAAGGUGAAGAAAGUCGAAGUUCGGCCACUAAGUGCAUGAUUAAAGUUGCACAGUAUGCCGCACAACUGGAGGAUUAUAAAAGAGCAAUCAAAAUUUUCGAAGAGGUGGCUACUUGGGAGGCCGAUCAUCCGACCUUAAAAUAUGCUGCGAAAAAUCAUUUUUUCCAAGCCCUUCUUUGUCAUCUUUGUUCUGAUUUGCUAGAUACUCAGAAUGCGCUAAAGCGUUACGAAGAAAUCUCCCCGUCAUUUGUGGACUCGAGAGAAUAUAAACUUAUCAACGAAUUAAUUUCGUGUUUGGAAGACAAAAAUCAAGUAAAAUUCACAGAAGUAGUAAAAUCGUUUGACAAAAUAUCACGUUUGGAUCAGUGGCACACAUCACUUUUGGUCAAAAUCAAGCGAUCAUGUGGUGAUGAGGAUGAUGAUGAUCUUAAGUGAUCUUGUUUUAUUUAUUGUUCAUAAAAUAUUAAUCACUUAGUCUGUUGUGAUUCCAGAAUACUGAUAACAUGAUUUAAGAAAAAGAAUUGUAACUUCUUUCAGCACUCAGCAUCUUUGAAAUUUUCUGCAACAAUUUCAAAAAUUUGUAACUGAAGGAGAGAGGCUGUUGUAGGCUGUGUUCAUCUGACUGUAGUUUAUACCUGUGUUGAAAAAUAAUGAAAUACUAAUUUGCGAAUUCAACUUCCAUUUGCUACUAGUCAUGAGAAUGGAAACUA